GUCGUCAGUUCUUCUUCUUGCGUCGAACCGAACGGUUCCACGCGACGUUUCAUCGAUUUUCUUUCGUUUCGAUUCCUUAGUCGUUCAUUUUUUUCCUGGUGCAUCGCAUCAUCGCGAAACAGUUGCCGAGAGAGGACGGAAGAGAUCAUCGUUUCGACGUGUUUCGAAAAGUGACGGAAAGUAUCCGCUCAUGGAAACGGGUUUUCACUCGAUUGUGAUAGAUUUCAUGUAUUCUAACGACUAUUACAGUGGAUCGCGAAGGUGGACGUCGCAUCGUUUCCGGUCUCGACGCUGGAUUCUCCAGGGACGCGGUGAACUUGUUAUCGAACGGAAUCUUCCCGAUGACGGAAGAGCUCCAAGACAGAGAUGGGUUUAUUUUACGGAUCACGGAUGUUCGAAUAGAUAUCACGGUGCAGCCUUGUGACAGUAUGCUGCGUUCGCCGCACCGUCCUCCACCGUGUCCGACCGGCAAGAUUGUGCUCCGAUUAUGAUGUGAGCCUGUGAAGGUGGAAUCCCCGAGAACCGCGAGGUCCUCGCAAUGGAGGCGGGACCGAAGCAACAGCAACAACAACAGCAGCCGCAGUCGCAGCAGCAACAGCAACAACAGCAAUCGCAGCAACAGCAACAAUUACAAAAUUCGUCGCCUGCUGGAACGGGACAGACUCCUACACAGGCUACGAGUCCGCAAGGAGGGCAGAAUCAAGGCCAAGCUCAAGGACAACAGAAUCAAGAUGCAGUUGCAGUCGCAGCUGCAACUGCGGAGGCAGGACCGGUCGAGGAGGGAGUCCUUCUCGCCAGGGUCCACGUCCCGGAGCUUUACGUCAGCAAGUGUCUUCAAUUCCCGAAGGAUCAGCUGGUCUGGGACGUAAAGCAGCAAUGUCUCGCAUCCUUGCCAAAGGUGGCCACUUGGUACAGGGAGCUGAAGGAAAGCUUCAAUUACGGCUUGUUCUGUCCGCCGGUGAAUGGAAAAGCCGGAAAAUUCUUGGACGAGGAACGUCGCCUGGGCGAUUAUCCCUUCAAUGGACCCGUCGGCUACUUGGAGCUCAAGUACAAAAGGCGGGUCUACAAGAUGCUGCAUCUGGACGAGAAACAGCUGAAGGCGAUGCACACGCGAACGAACCUGCGAAGGUUACUGGAAUACGUGGCAAACAGCCAGGUGGAGAAGAUCGCCAAGAUGUGCAGCAAGGGUCUAGAUCCUAAUUUCCAUUGCCAGGAAACCGGAGAAACUCCAUUAACCUUGGCUACCACUUUGAAGAAGCCGUCGAAGGUGAUAAUAGCCCUGGUGAACGGAGGCGCCCUGUUGGAUUAUCGAACGAAGGAGGGUUUGACGGCGAUGCAUCGAGCCGUCGAGAGGAACAGUUUAGAGGCGGUGAAAACGUUACUCGAACUUGGCGCCAGUCCAAAUUACAAAGACACCAAGGGGCUGACGCCGCUUUAUUACAGCGUUAUUUACAAAACUGAUCCGAUGCUCUGCGAAACGCUGCUCCACGAUCACGCCACCAUUGGCGCUCAGGAUCUGCAGGGCUGGCAGGAAGUGCAUCAGGCCUGCCGCAACAACCUGGUCCAGCACCUGGAUCACUUGCUUUUUUACGGCGCCGACAUGAACGCGCGUAACGCAUCCGGUAAUACACCGUUGCACGUUUGCGCAGUGAACAAUACGGACUCCUCUUGUAUACGCCAGUUGCUGUUCAGAGGUGCCCAGAAAGACAGUUUGAAUUACGCGAACCAAACACCGUACCAGGUAGCCGUGAUCGCUGGGAACAUGGAGUUAGCCGAGGUCAUCAAGAACUAUCAGCCAGAAGAAGUUGUACCGUUUAAAGGGCCGCCACGCUACAACCCGAAACGACGCUCGGUGGCCUUUGGCGGCGCGUCCACGAUGACCACGAGCUGUUCGGCCAGUAACUUGGGCACCCUCACCAGGAUACCGUCCGCCGAACAACAGCAUCACAUCGCUUCCGGAACGACCGCAUCCGGCGGUCCUAGCCUCACCAGAACGAUCUCGGUGGAGCAGUACACGUCGAGCAUCAACGCGGUCACGAGAGUACCGUCCGCCGAGCAAUACGCGACCGGCAACCUCACCAGAGUACCGUCCACCGAACAACAACAGUACCUAUCCACCGGUACGCUGAACAGAGUACCGUCCGGCGAACAAUACGCCAGCCCGAUCGCGGCCACGACCGCUUCUACCACCGUUACCAGGCUCAUCUCCUCUGACCAAUACACCGUGGGUACCGGUACGCUAACCAGAGUACCGUCCACCGAACAAUACCCGACCGGUACGCUAAGCAGAGUACCGUCCACCGAGCAGUAUCCGAGCAGAGGUUUGUCCGGUGACCAAUACACCGGCACGACCGGCUCGAUCGCGAGGACCGAGUCGCAUCACGGCAGCCUCGCCAGAGUACCGUCCAUCGACACAACCAGAAACGACCUACAAAGAAUACCGUCCGAGCAACACAUGGCCACCGGCAGAUCCCUCGAGCAGAACGGCCAUCGGAUCACGUCGGAGUACCAGAGCCCGAAUUCGCUGAGGGAUCCUAACGCGAGAUUACCAGCGACCACGGAGAACUAUCAGAACGUAAGAUUGGAGGGGCUGACAAGGCUGCAAGAACACCGUCUCGAGCUUCAACACCGUCUCGACUUGCAUAGAACGAUGGAGAUGCCGCCGUCGCCGUCGCCGAGCAGCAGGAGUCUAGCUCCUUUCAGCUCGGCUAGCUCGAGCCUAUCCGAAGGCAGCAAUCAACCGUCCGGCGAAGAUUCCGCCAGCAUCGUCACAGACAAGAGCCUGGGUGACACAGCCUCCGAUGUGAUCAGCGACAGUUCCGGAGUUGGCACCUCUCAGUCGGACACCACCAAUUCCCUCUCCAUCCCUGGAACUACCGUCGUCUGCGUUGAAAGCUACAACAGCGGGAUCCUGGGACAUCUGAACAUCAAUCAAGGAGACAUCCUCGAAGUCACGGGAGCUACCGACUGUGGUCUUCUCGAAGGAGUCCUUCGCGGUCAGGGCACGGGUCUAUUUCCUGCACACUGCGUGCAGGAAGUUAGACUUCGCCAUACGAACAUCCCGUUGGGUCCUCAGCCGGCCAGGGAUGGACGUAACAGAGUAUUGGGCCGCAGAGAAUCGCAGCACAAGUAUUUCGCUACUGCUCCUAGAUUGAAGAAACCAGUUACGUCCGAACCUCGUACCGUGGUGCUGCAUCGCUCGAGGAAAGGAUUCGGUUUCGUGCUACGAGGCGCGAAGGCAACUUCGCCUUUGAUGGAACUGACGCCGUCUGCCAGGUACCCCGCCUUGCAGUACCUCGACGACGUGGAUCAAGGAGGAGUGGCCGACCUGGCUGGUCUUCGAAAAGGGGACUUCCUCAUUCAAAUCAACGGCGAGGAUGUCACAACGGCGUCUCACGAGCACGUGGUCGACUUGAUCAGAAAAUCCGGGGAGCUGGUCCGAAUGACGGUGGUCUCCCCGGUUAUUAGCCUUCCGAAUUCGCAAUCGGCAGCCCUGCUGCCAACUAGUCAACCCAUUCAGAGACAAUACGCGACCCUACCGCGUAAAGGUAACAACAACGUGGUGAUCGGUGGUACCCUAGGUAGAUCGCCGGCUCCCAUGCCACCUCGAAGAGAUCCGAAGACCACUCUGAGCGUCGGUCGAGCGCGAGCAAGAUCGAUGGUCGCUGGACUAGAAGGUGGCGGCGAGAGGGACGAUCGCGACGAGAUAACAUCGACCGGUGCGAAAUCUAGUAGCGCCGAGUCGAUUCAUCUUCCUCAGCAACCAUCGACAGGACCCAACACCGGACAAAACACACCUGUGCAACCAAGAACGGCCAGUAUUCGAUCGAGACCAACCUCCAGCAGGAUCACCGCCGCUGAACUGGAGGAACUGUUUCAGCGGCAGCAAGGUAGUACCAGUGGUCAGUACAGCUCGUCCAUGAUGAGCUCUCACUUUCAAACUGGUCAAGCUACCAAGUCGCAUCCUUCCUCGCCUGCAAAGACCGGAAGGGUAUACGCGAGCGUAGCGGAAAUGAAACGCAAAGGCAAAUCAAAUUCGAGGGUGCGCUUCUUCGGCGGAUUAGGCGGUGGUUCCGACCUUCACCGAGAUUUCCAUAGUACCCCGGACUUAAACGUUCAGGCGCAGUCGUCUAUUUUAGCUCCGAAAGGGCAUAGAAGUCAAGAGGAUGUGAACGCGUUAAAUGGCAGAAACGGUCUUCCACCACCGAAUCAUCCACCGCCUCCACCACCGGUUGGCCAAGUGGUCAAAGUGAACGUGGGCGCGAACGUGCCGGAUGUAGUUACACCGGCCUCCGUGUACGAUAACAUGGCUCACAUACAGCAAGUCAAAGAACUGGCAGCCGCAACAGCAGAUGGAAGCUACGGCGUGAUGUCAAGCUUCCGGCCAUCGAACAGCGCAAAGCUGUACGCUUCGCCGGAAGACAUGAAGACCGUGGGCUACCGUUCCCGUAGCCUUCCGGCUCACACGACUCGCUGUCACGUAAGGAAGUCUCACAGCCUGCGUACACCGAACAACACAACGUUCAAACCGUUGAACAACCAACAAGCCGUGAACAACACCGUCAGCAACAACAACCAGGUGAACAACAAUCAAUCGGCGAACAAUCAGUACGCGCAACCACUGAAGACCAAUCGAAGUCACAGCACAGCCGGCAUCAGGGAACGAAAGAAGAAGGUGAUUGGUACCAGUUCUUCGAUUACGAAUCUAGCUUCGGUAGCGAACAACAACACUGGAAAUACGGUCGCGAACGCCGCGCCUCCGAUUCCGGAACCGGAUUACAGUCUGUCCGAGUCCGAGAACGACGAGGGUGAGGAGGAGACAGACGACGACGCGGAAUCAGAGAUCGCGAAGGAACUGGAGAAAGCAGCAGCGAGGGAGAAACUUGAAUCCACCAAAGAAACGUCAGGCAACUCGAACACUUCUGGCUCAAGUUCAUCCGGCAGCAGUUCGUUGCCGCAUUCGUUCAGCGUUGAAGAAAUUCAAAAAGUCAGGACACAAUUGAAGUCAUCGAAGAGUCAUCCAAACGACUUCCUGUUGCAGCAGACGCAGCAGUCUUUGGUGGAGGACGGGGACAACAGCUCGAGCGGUGUCAGCUCCGAUCAGGAUGUACCUGUCGGUCCUCCUACCGGUUUCGACGACACCGCCGCGAGGAACUUGGCGAACGAAACGACACAGCAUUCGAGUACAGUGCUGUCGGUCAGCAGCGGCGAGAAAGAAACGAAUCCCAAGAGAAGCAGCUACGCUGGCAGCGGAUUGCUAACCAGACACGCGGUCAGUUUGGCCCAGCUACCGCCGCCCAUUGAAGCCGAUGCCGAAGAACAGAGCAGCGACCUAUUCGUACCACCACCGCCGGAAUUCAACGCUGGUCCCUCAGCUGGAAACGCGGACGAGUUGGUAUUCGCUCCUCCUCCUCAGUUCUGCGACAACAAACAACAGCAAUCACAGCAGCAGCAGCAGCAACAGCAACAGCAACAGAAUCGCGUGAAAAUAAUUGGCGCUAUACCGAAGGUUACCAACAGUCAGGUAAAGGCUUCCGGUGGCCGGUUGCACAAUCAGUAAAAGUAUCGUCGCUGACAGUCGCCGAUGAAAACACGAUAGGAUCGCCAGAGUCAAUUUAAUAUCUUUCCAUUUAACCUCUUUCCUUCGUGUAGAAAAUAAAAACAGAGUUCUUUCGAUCGUUCAAAGUAUCCACUGUUUUUGCAAUAAAUUUUUCAACCAGCAGGAACAUUCGUCGAGGUAAAAGGCAGUUUUUUAAGGAACCGGAGUCUCUGUAUCCGUACACUCUUAAGGUUCGAGCGUCGCGUUGCUCGGAUCCGUGGUAGUUGAAGGUAUUCGAUGAAUUUGUAAAACCUACAGAUUAAUAGUAGAUUUAAAGGUGCGAUACUUUCUACUUCGCACCGUUUCAACAAAGUCCCGUAGCCGUCUCGUGGAAUGGCCUAAGGGGUGAACGAGAAAGAAGAAGAUCCACAAACCGUACUGUAGCUCGUAUAAUUAGAAGAUGAGAGAAAGAGAGAGAGAGAGAGAGUUCUAUGCGAUAACACGCGCGAGUGGAUGUGUGCGUGAGAUGUAUUGAACGAACGAAAGCGUAGAGUAUAUCGGUUUGUUUUUCAUGUUUCUAUCAAAGUACGAAGCGUGUUUAAUACUUUUACAUGUAAUAACGACCUUUGCCCCUAAACGCCGUUAACUUCUCUCAUUCCACCGAAUCAGACACACGGAACAGGCAUUUUCGACGAAGCAACGCGCAUCGUAACUGUUCGCAACACGAUUUCGACGUCGUUCGAUAUCUGUCUUUUCUUUUCUAUUAAUUUUUAUAUUUUUCAUUGUUUUUUUUUUUUUUUUUUUUUUUUUUUUAAAUAAGCGAACUCGUCGAAGUUGCCAGUAAUCGUUGAGUAGUUUAGCUAGCGAAACGCGCGAUUACGUUUCACCAAGCGUCUAGACACUACCGCUCAAGAGCCUAAUUUACAUUGUUCUACUCGCAAAGUCAUUAGAGAUUGUUUCUAGUUUAUAAUAACGAGUAAUAGAGCAUCUUAAACGGUGAGCUGAUGAAGUUUAAUCCGUAAAGCUCGCGAUCGCGUUUGAUAGAAGGCGCACUUGUACUACGUUAACGCACCACCAUUAUUCAGCUUGUAAGAUAGAAAUCGUAUUCCUUCCAUUCGAAGUCAAGCCGCCGGGAGCCGCGAGACGCGUCGCUGAUUUCACGAGGAGUUUCAUAGAUCAAGCGACGCGACAAUUGCCCGAAAAGAAAAUCAAAAGCAAAGAUAUGCCUACAGGAUGUUACAAAAGUAAUGAUCAUGGUUUAUAAAACUUAUUACCUAUGAAUUUGAUUAAGAAUUUGAAAUGUGGUAGGCUUAUUUUUGGGACAUAGUUUCUUUAGAAUUUUUUCAUAUUUAUAUUAGGGAAUUUUCAAAAGUUCCUUUAGAACUAUCAUACUUUUAAUUUGCUUUACUCUUUGCCCUUCAGUUUCGUAGUCUUAAUUAAUCUUGGGGACUUGGUUUGAUUACUACUUUCAAAACACCCUGUACCCGUAAUAGAUUUAUCUCCUGUACAUAGGAAUGAUGUCGAAUGGACAAUUACUUGAAUGUUUGAACGAAGGAUAAAGCAUGAUCUCGCGGCUCUCGGCCACACUGCUACACAUUGUAUAUAAUUGCUACGUAUUGAAUAUCUUAAUAACGAUGGGAACGAUUAUUAUCAAUCAAUCAGUUUCACAAUCAACGCGUUAAUUAGAUCAAUAAGCCCGCGGUUAUCCAUUGAAAAUGCAACGUCCUUCCUAAUUAUUGUUUCUAUGCCUUUUCAAGUUCAAUCAUAUUCAUAGACAGACAGCGAAAUAUUGAUAAUUAAGUCAGCGCACAUGCUUGUGUUUGAAGCAUGAACGAAAGAAACAGUUUCUCGAGUCGAGGGUGAAUCGUUCUAAAGAUAAGUAUUAAAUGUUCCUUAGAUAUAUUUUAUCGUUUGUUUCCGAUCGGUAAACACGAAAUGAAAAUGAUCGCCGAUAUUGUAUGUCGUCGUCUGUGAAGCUCGAUCGACUGGUUGAUUCGGGUCAGUAAAGCAAUAUUGUACGCAUUACAACGGCUCGUGUAAACAAUAAACCGUUUCAGAAUGGA